UAUGCAUAAUAAACGCAGGUAACCAAACACUAUUGCCUAAGAACUCAGUUCCAUGGAGGCACCAUCAUCAUUUUACUGCCUUUCAAUCUUCCUGUUUCUGUUUCUUUUACACCAACCAUCAAAGUGCCAGCAAGAAUAUCUUAACAAUACUCAGCUCAAUUGUUAUGAAAAUCCUUCCAUAUCGAAAGGGUAUCUUUGCAAUGGCAAUCAAAUGCCAUGUCAAUCAUUUUUGACCUUUUUAUCUCGCCCGCCUUAUGACUCCCCCGUUUCCAUUGCUUACCUUUUAGGUUCAGAAGCUUCAAGUAUAGCCUUGAUCAACAAUAUACCACUCCAUGAUAAAAUUUCCUUUGAAAAAUUGAUUAUAGUUCCUGUUUCUUGUUCUUGUACCGGUAGCAUUUACCAGCAUAAUGCACCUUACACUGUUAAAAAUCUAUCUGAAACUUACUUUCGAAUAGCUAAUGACACUUACCAAGGCCUAACUACUUGCCAAGCACUAAUGGGUCAAAACUACUAUAAUUCUGGAAAUCUUCAGGUAGGAAUGGAGCUAAUGGUUCCUUUAAGAUGUGCUUGUCCAAGUCAAAACCAAACAGCAAAUGGGGUGAUCUCUUUGCUGAUGUAUAUGGUGACAUGGGGAGAUACAAUUUCAUCGAUUGGAAAAGCUUUCGGGGUUGAUGUAGAAAGCAUACUGGAGGCUAACAAGUUGUCACAAAACAGUCUGAUCUUUCCAUUUACACCUAUUUUGGUUCCGCUUAAGAGUGAGAGUUGCAUGGCUAAUUCAGAUAAUUUCUUUUGCCAAUGUCCUAAUGGGUUUCUUGUCAAUGGAGGGGCAGAAGGUCUUAAUUGCAUACCAGACAGCAAAAAAUUUCCUGUCAAACUGGUUACACUAUUAGGCAUUGGAAUUGGGAUCGGACUGUUGUUUGUAUUCCUCUGUAGCUACAAGUUAUAUCAGUACCUAAAGAAUAGAAGACAAAGAAUUCGCAAAGAGAGAUUACUUGAGCAAAAUGGAGGCUUCUUGUUACAGAAGAGACUAUUAUCUUGUGGAGGAGGUGAAAAGGCAAAAUUGUUCAGGGAAGAGGAGCUGAAAAGAGCAACAGACAACUACAACCAAAGUAGAUUUCUUGGUCAAGGAGGUUAUGGCACUGUGUACAAAGGAAUGUUACCAGAUGGCACAAUAGUUGCUGUUAAAAGAUCAAAAACUAUUGAAAGAAGCCAAAUUGAUCAAUUCAUAAAUGAAGUUGUGAUUCUAUCUCAGAUAAAUCAUCGAAACAUUGUCAAGCUUCUAGGCUGUUGUUUAGAGACUGAAUUUCCAUUAUUAGUGUACGAGUUCAUUUCCAAUGGAAACCUUUCGCAUCAUAUUCGUAAGGAAAAUUGUAGAGAAUCUUCAAUUUCAUGGGAAGAUCGCUUCAGAAUUGCAAGUGAAGUAGCUGGAGCAAUAGCAUACAUGCACUCUGCAGCUUCAUUUCCAAUCUUUCAUCGCGACAUCAAAUCUUCAAACAUACUACUAGAUGAUAAGUACAGUGCAAAAGUAUCAGAUUUUGGGACUUCAAGAUCAAUCCCAUAUGACAGAACUCAUUUAACCACAGCAGUACAAGGAACAUUUGGAUACAUGGAUCCUGAAUACUUCCACACAAGUCAAUUCACUGAUAAAAGCGAUGUGUAUAGUUUCGGGGUUGUGCUGAUAGAACUCCUGACAGGCCAAAAGCCUAUUUCUUUUACUAGAACUGAAGAUGAGAGAGGCCUUGUUGCACAUUUCAUGUCAUCAAUAAAGGAGGAUCGUCUUUCUCAACUUUUAGACCCCACAGUUGCUACAGAAGCAAGGAAAGAAGAUAUUGAAACCAUUGCAAAGCUUGCAAUGAGAUGUCUGAGAUUGAAUGGAAAAAAGAGGCCGACAAUGAGAGAAGUAGCAAUGGAGCUAGAUGGAUUAAGGAAGUACAAAGGAAGCUUGGAAAUUGACAAGCCUAAUUGGUUGAUCAAAGAGGAAGGAUUGUUGCUGCACUCUAUUGAUGUGUCUUCACAAGAAUCAAUAGAGGAUUUCAUUACCUUGGAAAUGGAAUCUACCUCACUCUAGAUAGCUGAUUAUAUUUUAUUUUUGUAAAUUCUCCUAGGGAAGUUUAUGUGUAUAGAUAAUACUUAUUGGUAGGUGCAACCUUGAAUGAAUGUAUCUUUUAAAUUCAUUAUUUUAUUCAACCUCCAAUUUUGUGAACAUGAAAUAAUUUCA